AUGGCAUGUGAGUUACUACUGGCUUUUCCGUACGUCUCUAAUCUUCGCUAUCCAUGCUGGACUUGUCAUAGGGACGGAAUAAAUGCUAUUCUCUGCAAAGUGGACAAGUAUUUCCUUCAAAUGAAAAAUCAUCGAAAAAGCCGCUUAUGCGCGCACAGUGCUGUCCGUGAAAUGACAUCAGAAAAGCUCCAGGUGACUGGAGAAUCGGAAUGUUUGAGGCAGUGA